UGUAUCUUGACUUUUUUUCUUUCGUUCAGUGUCAACAUUAUUCCCGCAGUCUGGUCAUUCAACAUGGGCGUAUCUGAACCUUCUGUCGCGCUUGUCAGCCUUGAGCUCGCCAAUAUUGAGCGCGGCAACACCGCUGAGUGCAGGGAAGAAUUGACAGCGGCCCCGAAUGUAUUUGAGCCUCCCCCAGCCGACACGGGGGCCGGUGCUUGGAAGUUCUUAGCGGGGUGCUUUCUUGUCGAAGCGCUGCUAUGGGGCUUCCUCCUCUCGUACGGCGUUUUCCAAAACUACUACACCCAGAUGCCCGAGUUUGCCGGCCAGACAUCCAACAUUUCCGCAGUAGGCACCGUCGGCACCAGCAUCUACUUCAUCGCCGCGCCCUUUGCGUCCCCCCUCAUGAAGCGAUAUCAACGAUGGCAGCGUCACAUGCUGGCCACAGGCUGGGCCGUGUGCGCCGCGUCGCUUCUCGUAGCGUCCUUUACCAGCAGCGUGCAGGGCAUCAUUGCCACCCAGGGCGUCAUGUACGGCAUCGGCUUCCUGCUGCUCUACUUCCCCGUCAUCAUGAUGCUCAACGACUGGUUCGUCCAGCGCCGCGGGUUUGCCUUUAGCUUUCUUUAUGCUGGUGGCGGGGUCAGCGGCGCCGGGCUCCCCUUCUUGCUGGAAUGGCUGCUCUCGAGCGCGGGAUACCGCACCACGCUGCGCAUCGUAGCUGCUGUGCAGUUUGCCGCGCUCGUCCCGGGCAUGAUGCUGCUGAAGCCGCGAUUGCCGCCGUCUAGAGACGCCGCGCUGCGUCGCGUCGACCUCAAGUUCUUUGGCAAGCCGCUGUUCUGGUUCUUCAUGCUGUCCAACAUCUUCCAGGGCCUGGGGUACUAUAUCCCCUCGCUCUACCUGCCGACGUUUGCCACGGCAAUCGGCCUGUCGCGGUCCAUUGGCGCGCUGCUGCUGGCUGUGAAUAACUUGGCUACUGUCGUUGGACAGCUCGGCUUUGGCUACCUCUCGGACCGCUAUGCGAAUAUCCACGUUCUUGUCUUCGUCACUACGUUUGUCUCUGCCGUUGCCGCGUUCUGUCUUUGGGGGUUGGCUACCUCGCUUGCGCCGCUUCUCAUCUUUGCAUUCCUGUAUGGCUCCUUUGCUGGCGCCUAUGUCGUGUUUUGGUCUGCCUUUGGCUCGCUGCUCUCGGAAGAUCCCCAGCCAGUGUACAGCUUGAUGGCGUUUGGCAAGGGCAUCGGUAAUAUCCUGACUGCUCCUAUUUCUGCGGCUCUUUUAUCUCGCCCAAUGACUUCAGGAUACGGUAAGGGCACGUUUGGCCCGCUGAUUAUCUUUCUAGGGACUUGCAUGUUUCUGUCUUCGUUGCAAAUCACAUGGCUCUCGUUCAGGCGCCUACCAAAGUUUUCCACAUGAUGAAAAUGUCGAUAAUCGGUGUAUUUGUCUUUUUUGUUUCGUUUUUCUUUUUUAAAUGAACGCUCUACAGCCACGCAGCCAGCCAGCAAGAUUAUGGACAAGAACUAUUCAAGGACUUUGGUGCGAUAGCCAAGUACCAUCACAGUAGACUGUGGAUAAAAUUCCCCGCGAAUCUUUGUUUUCCCCCGCUGUACAACAAACGCGAAAGGGUGCGCCGGGUCUAUUCUGCAAGUGGAAAGCGGCGUGUUAGACACCAGUUGGUCUCCGUUACGCAGUCCUGAGAGCUGUGCUUUUGAGCCCGUCACCAGUCCCUCAAUUAUGCGCGCUUCAAGGGACCUUUCACUGAAUCCCAGUUCUAUAGUUGACUGCUCACACCGGGUGAGCCGAACGGUCUUCCCGGCGACGGAGAAGGUAACUCCCGGAUUCGGCUCCAGCACCGUACCAUCCAUCAUAUCAGUCAUGCCAGCAUCGACGAUUUUCUUUCCCAAAAUUGGAUACAAACUCUCUCGCCAAAAGGUUGAGUUUGUCGUGCCAUCCGUCCAGUGUUUGCGGCAUACCGCCAUUACGGUAGAAUGAAGCGCAAUUGAUUUUUGCGUUGACUACCCUCUCGAUUCAGCAACAGCUCGCAGCUGCGCAUCCAAGAGGAACAAGUACAUGAAGCCACGCCGAUACGACACUAAAUUGCCGUUGGCAUCGUUGGGUACCUGUCGCAAUGGUGUGUGAAGAUACGGACUGGUGUAGUACAUUGUCAAAAAUUCGUCGAGGAUCUGGCAAAAGUAUUCGACGCCCUUUACGCCUGCCAUAACUGGGAGAUACAGAGCAUAGAAAUCGGCGAUACCUGUAGCUACGUUAGCAGAGUAUAUCGAACUAAAGUAUCAGUUUACUUGCCUUCUAUAAACCACGUAUUCUGAAACCCGUCUGGAUCAUUGCCCAGAUAUGCCCAGUUGUGUGUCAUUUCAUGUGACAUGUACCGUAGCAGCUCAGCCUCAUGCCUGGGCUGGUCCAAGUCGCUGUAAUCAAUCAUAAAGCAACACGCAAAGUUGUGUCCAGAGAAACCACGCGGGACUUUGCGAAUAUAUACCUUCAUGACGCUCUCUGGGCUCUCGAAUAGUGAUUUCGCAUAAGAGAAGAUUGGGGCUGUUGACUCCUGCAAGAGCCUCAACGAGGCCGGGAGCUGGCCAAAGCAGUGUAUCACUGGUGGUUCUGCUUCGUCGGUUUCGGCCUUUGUGCCGCCACAGUUUUAGGGGGCAGGUACUUUGCAUUGGUAGCUCACGAUAGGGCCUACCAUAAACACUGAGGAUCGAACAAGGUCAUCUGGUCCAGUCUGCGUCGUAAGCUCGGCGCCCUCGCCAAAACUCCACGACGCCUUCGUUGUGGGAGGCGAAAGCGACAGAUCCCAUUCGACAUGACACGUCGAUAUUUCUCGGCAGGGGAUAUGAGGAAGAAACCAUCGGCCCACGCCAAUCAGACCACCCUGAUCACUAUGCAGCUCCGUAUAAGUUCUUGGGCUUGUUAAUUGGUUGACGGGUCUGGGAGUUACCUCGAGCGUGAGGACUACAUCUCCAACAGUAUCACGACCCACUCUAAUAUCUAUAGAGCCAUCCUUGGCUGUGCUGAAGAAUACUUUCAAGUAUCCAUUGCUAUCCGCAACUUUUGUAUUUGACUCGGAAUAAAAGUGUGGGGGGUGUUCCGGAAUGGCAAAGAAGCAGCAUAGCAAGUCUUGGUCCUUACGUCUGGGAGCCUCCAGCGUCACAAAGACUAGUAAUUUGUUGAGGCCAGAAUGGGAACCGUGGGGUUGGAUACGAAUUUCGUCUUUUAGCGGUACCGACAUUUUUACUAUAGAUCUUACAAUUCCAGAGAAACAGGCGGGGUACUGAGGGGGUGACGUAUGUGUUUGCUGUUAGGCUGUAAUAGAUGCCAAGAC